UUCAGUCAGUAUAGGUUCAAGUUGAUUUCGUCAGAAAUAAUGACAUUCAAAGCAGAAAUAGUCGGAGUAAUUACUCAACUGUAUCUACACAUUAAGUAUAGUUUGUUUACAUUGACAAGAAACCCGUUUACAUUGACAAGAGAACGUUAAAGUCAUUUAAUGUCGCCAGUCCAUGAAAAGCGUCCCAGUGUUCUUUAAAUAUUCCGACAACACUUGAAGGCGGCGUCAGUCUGCACUGCAUACGCGCAGUGGAGGAGAGGGAAGAUGGCGGAGAGUAAUGUCGAAGCAGAGCACGAAUGGAGCGAGCGGGGCCUGGACACGGCCGAGGACACACUGGUCGCAAUGGAAACCCUGCUGGCCACACUGAAAGCCUUCGAAGACGUGCUCAGGCAACAAGAAUUAUCGGCAGUGUCGUCGUCUGAGUACUGCGACAACUUCUGUCAGGCACUCAUGCAUUAUGCUGGAACCAGGAACUCCAUAGACCACGGGCUUCCUCUUCUCGAAGUCUACUGCCUUUCAAUAAACUGCUUUGCAGCGGCCCGCUCGCACCUCACCGUAGAGUCCGACAAAGUGACACUUGUUUUGAAGAGACUAGCUUUAAGCUGCUUUGAACUAUUUCUGUCAGUUCCUGAUAAUGAAAUCCCCUAUGAAGCCUGGAUCCAAUUCCACCACUCUGUUCAGAUUGCACAUGAUAUUUUGUUAGAGUAUGGGAGCACAGACCUCCAAGCUUUACUCCAGAUCACAGGAGAGGGGGGAGCAUGGAGCAAUCCUGUCCUCUCCGCCCUCCUCACCGGCCAGCCCACCAUCCAGCAAGAAGUCGACACCUACAUCAGCUUGGAGGGCGACGGCUUCAUGGAGAUGCGAGUGAAGCACUUAGAGAAGAUGGGUGAAGUGGCCAAAGCUGUGGUGCUGGCCAAAGCAUGCACCGAAUGCAGUGCUAUCUCGAACCAAGCUACCUUUUGCCAAACAUACAUCGCUCUGCUAUGCCAACUGCUCCCUAAUGAAGAAGCCAUAAUGGAGAUAUCCCGCCUGAACUGCAAGGAUGUCCUUGAGAUCACGUCAAACCUGGAGACUGAGGGCGAGGAGAACACAGGCUUUAUCUUAUGCACAACAUUCCUGACACAGCAGCUCCAGCAGGCCAGCCUUGACCAGUCCUGGGAGCUGACUCUUGUGUGGAGUAAACUGCAGAGGAAGAUCGACCCCUCGCUUGUGUCUCUUCUUGAAAGAUGCCUUCAACUAGGCGCCAUUGCCAAAACAGUGCAACAUUUGCUUUACCUUGUUCGUGUUAUUCAGACGGAGGCACAGGGAAUGGGGACCGCUGCUUCAGUAGAACUUGGUGUCAAAGCUCUCAGACUUCCGAAACAAGACGAUAUGGAAAUGAGAAUCGGCAUCUGUAAAGUAGUGUCGGGCCUCCUCCUAAACGAUCUGGAAGUGUUGCGUGCCUGCCAACUCACAGAGUUCCUACUCGCCCCCAGUCAGCAGGUCCUGAGCUGCCUCCAGGAGCUAUAUCUUCGCCCGGAUCAAAAGUACGAGCAGGAGAAUGGUGUCAUUCCCAACUCGCUGCGUUGUGAACUGUUUCUAGCACUGAAAGCGCACUGGCCCUUUGACCCUGAAUUUUGGGACUGGAAAGCCAUUAAGUAUCAGUGCAUCUCCCUUCUUGGGUUAAAGGCAGAGUCCGAAGAUGAGGACGAGGCACCGGGCAAUCAAGAAAGCGAGAAAUUACUGGUAGAUGAAAUUGAGCACAGAAACAUUUUAAACGGCGGCCUGAAAAAGGAACCUUGUCAUUUAGUUUCAGGAGAAGCGGACAUGAGGAGAAUCAAGCUCUGUUGUCGAAUUUGUAACAGGUCAUUCAGUGAAACUCGAAUUAUACACCACUCUAAGAGACACAUAGUGGACGACGGACAUCCGUGCCCCAUAUGCUUGCAGAAGUGGAAGAGCAGAAAGGAGCUCAUUCCCCACUUAAAACACCACAUUCAAAAUGAGACGCUCCUCCACAACAGUAGUGUCAUUGUAAAAAACAAGGAGUUGCCGAAGCCGCUGAAUGAGGACGAUGAGAUGGAACCGGGUGAGAUCACCAUCGACCCGUCUUUGAUCUUGUAUUACAGAUCCACACAUGAUCCCAAUGUUCUGCAGCACAUUGUCCAGCAGGCCAAAACUGUCAAAGACAAACACGUGGAUGAGGACGAGUUCAUCACGUUUGAUUACAUGACCCAACACUUCACUUUGCAGAAUCGUGAGGAGUACUUCUGUCCCGCAACUGAGUGCACUAGGGUUUUUCAACAUUCCAAGUACUUAUAUGUGCACUUAAAGUCCCACCACAAAAGCGACGAGAACGUGAUGCAUUUUCAUCAGAUGCGAGAGAAGCGGGAGAAGUGUGUCUUCUGUCGCCGCCAUUUUGUCUCUGCCUACCAUCACCGCAAACAUCGAAAGAUUCACUUCGGCGAGCACCCUUACAUGUGUGUGGUGAAGGAUUGUGGCGCCCGCUUUCAUUCUUCCAAUGAACUUCUGAUGCACAAACAGGUCCACGGUUAUCAGCUCAACUUCCAGUGUGAGCUCACAGGUUGCUACUUGGCAUAUUCCGACCUGGGGCAGCUUUAUCACCACGAGGCACAGCAUUUCAGGGAUGCUGCGUUCACAUGCACCAGCCCCAAAUGUAAAAAAUUCUACUUUUCCAAAAGGGAAUUCAUUGAGCAUUUAUCCACACAUGACAUUACUUUCUCUGAAAAGGACUUUGAAGCUCAGCGGAAAGCAAAGCAGAUGAUCUUCCAGGCUGAUCUGGAAAGGGUAACUUCUGUUAACAAGCCUGUAACUACAGAAGGGAGUGUCAAUGGGGAUGACCAGAAAGCUUCCUCGGGUAGUUGCACUCCUUAUCAACCAUCUGCCAGCACAGAGGGCAAAGCUGUAGUGACUCUGGUAGCAAUGUGCUUCGAUGGAAGCAAGUUCACCUGCGGAUUUGAGAAGUGCGGUAUGACUUUCUCCAGAGCUCGAGAUGUCCAAAGGCACCUGAAACACGCCCACCCAGAUCACCUUAAACUGGAGAACAAAGAGCACAAACAUGACAAGGAGCAGGGCUCAAAGUCCAAAAAGAUCAAAAUUGAAAUUGAGUCGGACAAUGAAGAAGAUCACAACCAACUCUCAGCUCUGUGCUCACCCAUGGACAACGGGACAGGGACAUUGAUUGCUCCUUCUAAAAACAACAGAACAAGCCUGGCUAAAAAUGAUCUUCUUAAAGAUAUUCUCAUCAGAUUCAAUAAACUGGACCUCAAUUCGUUGUCCCCGCCAAGCGUACCACAUAAGUCCAUCCAGGAAGCAAAUGCAUCCCUUCACCGGUCUGUUGUAGAAAACCAACCCAUUGUUUUGCUUUCUAAAGCAUCCAAUGAAAAUAUAACUAGCUUAGCGGAAAAUAGCUCUGCUCACAAAGUAGAAAGUGUUGUCGUGGAAACGCUAGCAAACGCUAAGCCUUACACUUGCGAAAUAGGGAAAUGUAGGUUCCGGAGUGCACAGAGCUACAGCUUGCUGCGCCACUAUGUCUCCAUACAUGGGCGCACGCAGGAACAGGCUAAAGCGAUGACUAGUUUGAAGACCACAUCCUUUAAGCCCUUUAUAUGUCAGCUGUGCUCCAAGUGUCAUCGAGAAAAACAAGGCUUGAGGGCCCAUUAUAUUCACAUCCAUAAGCUCAGUGCCAGUUUGGUGGACAAAUUAAAGAGUAAAUCUUCAAAAUCCACAAUCCCACAGAGCUUUAACCCAAAGAUGAAGCUAGAGGUCCCGAGUGUGGAACGUGAGGAGACAAAAUCCAGUGACAUUGAGCAAAAUCCUUGUAUAGCUGCUCCAUCUUUGGCUGUUAAUGGCACUCGAGAGGAAGCCAAGGAAGAACGUGAGGAUGGAGCUACACCCCAGCUCAGAACAAGACGUUUGGUAGCCAAAAGUAAUCUCUGUUACAUACUUGAUAAAUUAGGCAAGCCCUUUCACUGCGUGGCGAAAAACUGUGAGGCAGCCUUUUCCACACAGGGAGGUCUCGUGCGCCACCUGCAACUUGUACACCACUAUAAACGUUCUCAGCUCUUGUUGGAGAAAGACCUUGAAAUGCAACAGCACUACCCUGAAGUGAAAAAGGAGAACAGUAAGAAAAGCAGCCCUUACCCAAACUUGGAUGAACCUAAACCCCAAUUCAAAUGUCAGUUUGCCAAAUGCAGCGCCUCCUACCACCUCAAAAGCAGCCUGGCCCGUCACACCCGUAUGGCACACUCUCAAAUGCCAGGGAUGAUUAGGUGCAAGUAUGAGGGCUGCACAAAAGUGUUCAGCAGCAACGAUUCGCUGAAAAAGCACACCUUUUACCGACACUGCCAAUACUACGACUCGCUGGUGGUUCGGCUCCAGAGCACCCAUAAGAAAUCUGUUACAGGAUGCCAAAAGAAGCUUAUCGUUACACCUAAAAAUCCUGUCAAAGAACUAGUUCCACAUCCAACAUCUGCAAAAAAGCGUACCCAGCCUAAGUCAGAGGACGUGUGCAAAAACAUUAAGGAGGAAAAGAGGGAGUCUAGGCCUAAAAAGUCCAAACCUUUAAGCACUUAUGUUUUCAAGUCUCAUGAAGAAGCGCUACAGAUGUGCCAAGACCGUUCUUUGCGUGCGGCCUACCCGUGCAUGGUUCAAGACUGUGACUCUGUCGUCAUGUAUGUGAGGAGCUUGUUCCGCCAUUACGAUGUCAUCCACCACAUAUGUCGCAAAGAUGUCCAAGAAAAUGCCGAUAAGCUCCUUUCCAAUGCAGAGCAGCUGGAGGAACUGAUUCAGAGAAAGUCAGCCAGGCCAACGGUCACUGGUGCGGACAACCCUGAUGGAGUUUGCAAAAUGGAGUAUCAGCCAGAGCUGGACAAGUCAGAGGAGUUGCCUGAACCUGUGAGCCUGCACUCCGUCAAAGACGAGGAGGCGGAGAAGGAGGAAGCUGCUCAUCCUGAACCUCUGGGAUUCCCAGACGAGGUGGAGGAGCCGCCACAUCUUGAGAGAAGUGGUGUCCUGGUUGGGGCAGAUGAUGUUCUGUAUGGAGAACCAAGUACUGGCAGUCACGCGGAGGACUCUGUUGUCACAGUGAAGAGUGAUCACACACAAGUGGAGAAGUUGACCUUGGACAAGACGAAAGCCCUCCUUCGUCCCCUUACGAUAGAUCUCUCACUGCCGUGUUCUGUACUCUUUAACACCGACGACGCCCUCCAAGAUACCCUCAGCAGCAAAGAGUCUGGUAAAAUUGUGGAAGAGUCUUCAGCUUUGCCCGCUCCCGUCCGACAGCCUCUUAAACGCAAAAAUGAGCUCUCUGUGCAGCCAUCAAAUGUAAAAGACCCCCAGCUGCUUCCAUCUGCUCCUCGUUCUUUUGACAUCACCACUUACAAGCCCAUUGGCUUCGAGGUGUCAUUUCUUAAGUUCAUCGAAGAGACGACCCCUAAAGAAAAAAGCCCGACGGCGGUAAAACGGCGAGACUCGUUCAGGCACAGUUGUUCUGUCAAAGAGAACAACCAGCUGGGAAUCAAGCUUACCCGCAGCAGGCGCAGUCAUUCGUCGUCGCACAAGUCCCAGGCUUCCACCAAGGACUUGCCAUCAGUCAGAAACUUGAAGUCCAUCCUGGACAAAGCCCUCGCUGGGUGCGGGGACCUGGCCAUUAAGCAGCUCCAGUACCUCAGACCUGUGGUGGUCCUGGGUAAGCCUGUUUGCACUGCCACCCUGCCUCACCUCUUCUCAUCAGACCCCAACAACAGCAAACUGCUUCUAGAAAGCCAAGUUUAAUCGUGCACUUUGUUUGUUUUUUUUUUAUUAAGUUCAAGUGUUUUCCUUCCUCUCUGAUUUGACUAUCAUGUUUUUCUUGCUUAGGUUGCCAAAUGGAAUACUUUUGCAGAAUUGCAGAACAAUAAAAUGUAAGCUUUGAUGCAUAUCAAAUGCAAUAUUUUUUUUAAGAAGUCUUCCACUUCUACUUCAUAUUGGCUUGUGCAUACUGCCGUGUGUAUAUAUAGUAGUGCUUCAACAUAUGUACAGAUUUACACAUUGUUAGAAAUGGCCUGUGUGAAAAUGUGAUGGAUAAAAACCCUCCCAACUCCCAACAAAAUCUCUUAAAGAAUGUUUGGUACUUUCUCACUUAAGUUCAUAUUACAUCAGUGUGACAUUGCAGUGGACAGAGCUACUGUAGAUAAACCUGUGUGUACCUUUCUAAUAAAUGUAAAUAUUAUUAAAUA